AUGGCAGUUCCAAAAAAACGUACUUCGAUAUCAAAAAAACGUAUUCGUAAAAAUAUUUGGAAAAUGAAAGGAUAUUGGGCAUCCUUAAAAGCUUUGUCAUUAGGGAAAUCUCUUUCUACCGGGAAUUCAAAAAGUUUUUUUGUACGACAAACAAAUAAGUCCUAA